AUGUCCCUUAACAGAGAUAUUGUGAAAUUAUUUCAUGGUUCCUGGAAAUACUCUCCUCGGGAGAAUGAAUUAGAGCAAACCAAAAAUCGUCGUGGUGGUGGCGGUUCAUCUGGACUUUUUGCCUUUCCCCGUGUUGGUCGCAGUGAUCCCAGUUUAAACAUCAAUAACUUACAUAACCCAGAUGUGGCUGCUGACAAUGCAGCAGCAGCCGCCGCUGCUGCUCUAGAUGUUUUAUAUCCUUCAUCAUCGUUUGAGGAGUAUGAAGAAUACCCCAAGUCUGAUGUUAAACGCGGCGGUUUGAUUGCCUAUCCCCGCAUUGGUCGCAGUGAUGCUGAUGUACGCAAAUGGGCAAGACUCAUGGCCUUGCAGCAGGCCCUGGAUAAACGUACCGGACCUAGCGCCACUACCGGUGUAUGGUUUGGUCCCCGUUUGGGUAAACGUAGUGUAGAUAAUCAACAAUAUGAAAAAACUUCAGGUCAAAAAGAGGAAUAUUAAUUUAUUACGACAUCUAUGCAAAAGACGACCCGACCCCUUGGCUAUGCUCAAUAUUGACUUGAUUUCUCACCAACCGAACUUAAUUUUCGAAAUAUAUACACAAACAAAUUAAAAUAAUAUAUACAUACUUUUAGUUAAAUAAUAAAAAAGACUAUUAUCUAAUAUCUUAAUGCUAUAAAAAAACCUCCUAUUCUAAUACAUAAAUUUAUUUUGAAAUCAUUUACACUAACGUGUAGUGUGUUAUUUGCAAAGAGAUCAAUUUUUGAAUUUUAUUUUUUAUUGUAAAAAAACUUAUAGAUGUAUAAUUAAGCCUUAUAUUAUAAAAAAAAAACUCCAAAAUAAUAUAAAAAUAAUAAUUUUAAAUGGGCUGGUGUAGGCUUUCAUUUUAUAUCAUUUUCAUGGUAUUUUAUGAAAGUCUUAAAAAACAUUUAAUUACGUUUAUUAUAUAUUAUAAAAAAAAUUGUAAAAAAAAAACAUAAAAUGUGUAAAUAUUUUUUAAUAUAAUUGUAUGUCUAUCCGUACUAUUUUGCAUACAAGUGAUAUUGUUAUUUUAUUGAAUUUAGUUUAUUUGCAAUGUAAAAAUAUUUAUAAAAUAAAAUGCCGCACAUUAAAAUAAAAUAAGAAAAGAAAAUUAAUUAAAUAAAGCAAAUGCUCCAAGUAAAUAGAUAUUGUCUACUAUUUAAGGUACGUUCACUACGUUAUCUGCUAUUUAAGCUACGUUCGCACUUCAAAUAUUUAAAAAUUUACAGUUAUUAUAAUAAAUAAUAUUUAACAAUAAUUACUUUGUUUUUGUCAAAUAUUUGCGAGAUGCGAACG